UGUACCGCACCCACCAUACCCCGCCCCCAAGAAGAUUGUUUGGAAUGGUCAGAUGGACCGAUGGAGACACAGGAAAGCAAUCCGGACCGCGGAGGGUUUGGACAUGUGAGCGAAUAUUUAUCUGGAAAAAAGACACUUUUGGCAGCGUGGGGUGCGGCUGUAUAAGGGAGAGCCAUGCCGCUGGUAAAGAGGAACAUUGAUCCCAGGCACCUGUGCCGCGGGGUGCUGCCCGAUGGCAUUGGCAGUGAGCUCGAGUGUGUCAUGAACAACACACUAUCUGCUAUCAUACGCCAACUCAGCAGUCUCAGUAAACAUGCUGAAGACAUAUUUGGAGAGCUCUUCAACGAGGCAAACCUGUUCUAUUUGCGGGCGAACUCUCUGCAGGAUCGGAUUGACCGACUUGCCGUCAAGGUUACUCAACUGGACUCCACGGUUGAGGAGGUGUCUCUUCAGGACAUCAACAUGAGAAAGGCUUUUAAAAGCUCUACCGUUCAAGACCAGCAAGUGGUGUCCAAGAGCAGCGUUCCUAUCCCUGUGGUGGAGAUGUACAAUUUAAGUGACAAGCCUCCACCUCUCAAUAUUCUCACACCCUAUAGAGAUGAUGACAAAGAAGGCCUGAAGUUCUACACAGACCCCUCUUACUUCUUUGACCUGUGGAAGGAGAAGAUGCUACAAGAUACAGAAGACAAAAGGAAAGAGAAGAGACGGCAAAAGGAGCAGAGACGGUGUGUAGACGGCACACUGCAGAGGGAGGUGAAAAAGGUGCGAAAAGCAAGAAACCGCAGGCAGGAAUGGAACAUGAUGGCUUUCGAUAAAGAACUGCGACCUGACCAUCGACAUUCUCACACUGUGCACAGAGGAGGGUCUAUAGACGGCACAAUGUCCCCAGAACACAGGUCUCGUGGACAAGAUCAUUCAGAUCACGGCUAUCUCUCUAUGGCCAACCACGCUGGCUACGCACACACUUAUUCAGGGCCUCCGCCUACUAUGGCGGCUCUGUCUGCUCAUACUCAAAUGAACAUGGAGCAGGAUUACAGGGGUGGGUCCAUGGCAUACCGUUCUGGCACACUGGGUCGUCCACACCAGGCCCCGCCCCCUCCACCAUCAGCAAACACAAUGAAUGGCUCCAUGACUCUGCCGCCUGUCAAUUACAGUUUGGAUUACAUGAAUUCUGGGCUACCACCUCCACCCGCAGCUGCUAUCCCAUCAGGACAAACAGCUUUUGCUAUGCCGCCCUUGGGAUCAGUGUUGCCUCCAGGCCAUCUUGGACCGAUGGCCACGGGCUAUGCCCCACCUGCACAAAUGGGUGCCCCUUCACCACCUGUAGCCCCGCCCCCCCCUCCCAGCGCAACCCAAUCCAUCACUCCCAAACGUCCCUCUGUGCCUAAUGAGGCCCAGCCCGUGAACGGUGCUCGCAGUGACCUGCUGGCAGCUAUAAGAAUGGGUAUUCAGCUGAAAAAAGUUCAAGAGCAGCAGGAGCAGCAGGCAAAACGAGAGCCGGUGGGCAAUGAUGUGGCCACCAUCUUGUCCCGCCGCAUAGCCGUGGAGUACAGCGAUUCUGAGGACGAAUCUGAGCUAGAGGACAAUGACUGGUCUGACUAACACUAUAUGUAGUGAUGGAAAAAAAAAACAAAGUCACAUGUGUUUACAACAAUAAAAUCACAUGUGAACGUGUUAGAUUUCUCAAGCACAUAAUUGUCCCGUUUGCAUUUUAAUAUCAUUAUGAAUAACUAAUAGCCCAAUAGGUUCUUUUCCCUGAACCUCUACGUAAGAUGUUUAUCAAUGUUUUCUAAUGAUUUUUAAUGAAACACUUGUUUCUAAUGUGGACAUACAGCGGUAUACAAAAUUAAGUUAAUUUCAAAAUUACUUUUUUCUGAAAUGACUAUUUCUAGGUAUGUGUUUGGCUAAAAUGAUAACUUUUGUUUUAUUCUGUUAGCUACUAACAAUAUUUCUCCCAAAUGUCAAAUAAAAAUAUACAUCAUAUUUCUAUUUCAUUUAUGUGCAGAAAGUGAAAAGAGUGAAAGGUCAAAAUAAAAGGUCAAACAUG